AUGAGCAACACGAGAAGAAAAGUCGCCAGCGGCAGCGGCUUCAGGCCAGGAAACACUCUGAAUCGACCGGGUCCUGGUUUGAAUGCUCUGCCAACCGUCAGCUCUCGAGGAGCAAAUGUCUCCAAUAACACGGCCAAACGUCAAAAGACAAAUCACGAAUUCAUGCACGAUGAUACCAACGACAUACCAGAAUAUGCGUUCGGCAAUCGCGGUCUGCAAGGUCUACAAGAACAACAUCCAACGGCGCAAAGACAACCCAGCAUCAUCAGUCUCAACAGUCAGAGCCAGGAAACUCCCAGUCAGAAAACCAAUCCUUUCACGCAUGACGAAGUUCGAAAUGUACAUUCAAAGCUCAAUUAUAGCAAGAAGAAAGGUCGCAAGCCCAAGGCUGGCGGAGCGCUACAGAGCUCGCCACCUCAAGGUGGGACUUUUACCGAUCCCGUUUCUGUGGACGAUAACGACGAUGUUCAGAUUCUCAGUGACCAGCGUAGUCCACCUCGAUCUAUUGACCAAAAAGAGCCUCCUAGGGUAUCUCGCGGCGAGGCCGAUAGGCGCUUCUUGAGAAGAAUUACAGCACAAGAGACCAGAAGCCAUGCGAAGCCUGCCACCCAGGUUCUCGAUCGCAUAGAAGUCGAUCCGCCUCGCUCACCUCUUCUUGCCGAGACGUUCGUGAGAGAUGACGGAGAAUCUGGUCAGGCUCCAGUAUUACAUCAAGCUCAACAGAAAAUCAAAAACAGGAUGCAGUCAACAUCCAAUACUGCUCGACCUUUGCAGAAUCAACAAACUAUCGAGGACUCGAGUGCAGAUGAACUGUCACGAGAACCCGUGGUACAAUCUUCUGCGCGUAAGUCGAAGCAUACUGCAGCUCAGCGAUCGCCGUCUCCGAAUCACAUACCGUCUACCUAUUUCACAAAGGGACGACGUAAAGCCCCCGCAAACAUCACGAUUGCCUUGUCGUCACUUCGCAUGAAGGCUGGCAACUGGGAAGAUCUGUUUAUCAUCUAUUCUUGGGACCACAAGGCCAUGCAGUUCAUCAAGAAUGAUAACAUUCUUUCCAAUGGAGGUGUGACAAUCCAGCUGAGCAGUAAACAUGUUCACACGCUGUUUUGCAGUAGCAAAGAUUCCAAUGAGGCAAUAUUCGGCGGGUGUAAUGACAGUCUUUCAAGCGGCAAAAUUUACUUCGAACUUGCUACCGCGGAGGCAUUCGAUACGUUUUUGGAGGCUGCUAGUCAUAUGAACGAUCGAGCCAAAGUCAGAGAUUUGCCAGUGGACAAAUUUACGCAUGUCCGUGAAGGUUCUGAGACGUUCUUCAGACCAGCAGCCAAUACUGCAGAUCCUGAACUAGAAGCUAUGCGCCUACGACAAGGUACAAACACAGUUCGAGAACGGGCCUUGGCGGCACAGAGAGGCUUCUCGUUGCCCGAAUCCACAGCUCAAACCACCCCAGUAAAGAGGACUCGCGCUAUGAGAUCUGACUUCGCCAAUCAACCAGCUAAAGAAACAGUACAAGACCUUUCUCUGCCGCCACCCACGUCUCGCUUCGAGCAAAGCACGCCCGUGAGAAGCAGCCGAAGACUUCAAAGCAAAGACAGCAGCAAGGCUGUUAUUGUCGCAGAGCCGGAAGUCGAGCGCUGGACUGUGAAGCAUGGUAUUCCCAAGUGGGACGCUCCGCUGACCUACCCUCCUGUUGGUACAAACAGAACGACGAUCGAUGCUGAAGACAUUGCACGACUAGACGAUGGCGAGCUGCUCAACGACAACAUCAUCUCGUUUUGUCUGCGAGAGAUGCAGGAGAAGAACCCAGACCUAAAGGGCAAGGCGCACAUUUUCAACUCUUUCUUCUACGAAACUCUCUCCACUUUGCCAUCAAGGAAGAGAGGGUUUAAUUACGAGGGUGUCAAACGUUGGACGAGAAACAUCGAUCUAUUCAGCCAUUCAUAUGUUGCCGUGCCGAUCAAUACGCAAUAUCACUGGUUUCUCGUCAUCAUCUGCAAUCUCGACAAGCUUGAGCGGAAAUUGAAGCUGGAGGGCCUUGAAGAUAAUGAAGAAGAAGAGCCCGAAGCCGAACCUCAACCAAUUGUCGAGGAGCCCCUACAAUCUCAGUCGACAGUGUCGAACGACAUUGAAAUCCCUGAGUCACCACCCCAAGAUUCCAAAGACGACGGUCUAUCACAGGGAGUGAAGCGCAUCUCCUUAGAUGCAUCACAAGAACAGGAAGAGGACUUGCCUCCUCUUGGCAAGUUGAAGCCCGUUUCGCGCAAGGGUAAAAAACAAGCACCGCCUCUGCCAAAGGUGGACCCAAACACGCCUGCUCUGAUUAUUCUUGACUCUCUCAGUGGCACCCAUACCCAAGAGGUUAAGAAUCUGAAGCAAUACGUCGUCCAUGAAGGUCGCGACAAGCGAGGCUUGGAAUUUGAGUAUACUGAACUCAAAGGCAUGAAUGCUCGUGGUCUGCCUCAGCAAACAAACUUUUGCGACUGUGGUGUUUACCUGAUUGGAUAUAUGGAGGCCUUCCUACGCGAUCCUGCUGAAUUCGUUCGCAAGGUCAUGUCUCGUGAACUUGAUCAUAACAAUGACUUUGCUGACUUUGAUCCAUCAAAGAAACGAGCAGAGAUACGCGAAAAGUUGAUCAAGCUGGAGGAAGAGCAGAGUCUUGCAAAGAAGCAGAGGAAGAAAGAAAAGGCGCGUCUCCAAAAGAUGGCCAACCAAGACAACAGUACCACAAGUCCAGUUCCUAUGCCCAAGCAAAUGAGCUCACCUAUGAAACCCCCUGAGGCGCAAACAGACUCUAGGAUGGUCCAGAGCUCGCCCAUGAAGCCGCCACCACCGCCAAUUCACAAGCUCCGGGAGCCAAGUCCCUACAAGUCAAUUUCGGAUAACUUGGCACCGUCUCACAGAUCCCCACCAGUAGUGGAGCGUUCUGUAGACGAUGAGAUGCUGUUCGACAAUAAUGGCUACACUGAUGAGGAAACCAGCGAGCCUGCCAGACUCGGCAGUCACGACGACUACAGCUUUCGUCAAAAUGACGACCACUACGCUCAGCCUAGCGUCAUCCACUCCCAGAUGAAUUUCAGAAACGAGCUCGAACAAGCAGCUCAACAUGCCUCACAGAGAGUCUACCAAGAGGAAUAG